CCCCAUUUUCUCAAGGUUGGUGAUGGUGUAAACAGAGCAUUUAAUGGGUUUUCUCCUUAGACUUGCCUUUUCCUUCUAAUCCUGAGCUGAACCAUUCCACAGCCAGAAGAAAGUUAAUAAGGAAGACUCAAGAAAUAACUUGGUUUUCUUCUUUCUCUCUUUUUCGAGAUGGAUAUGGUGUUUGUUAACAAAAACACUGUUUUGGGUAUCCUAUGUUUUACUCUAUUUACCUUGUUUGGAACUUGUUUCUCUAGAGCUUUUACAGCUAAUUUUGUGUUUGGGGAUUCAUUGGUAGAGGUUGGAAACAACAACUACAUUCCAUCACUCUCCCGGGCCAACUAUGUCCCAAAUGGUAUCGAUUUUGGAAGGCCAACUGGUCGGUUCACAAAUGGGCGAACCAUUGUUGACAUAAUAGGUCAGGAGCUUGGGUUCAAGACAUUCACUCCCCCAUACAUGGCACCUUCCACGACUGGACGGGUGAUUCUUCGAGGCAUCAACUAUGCUUCUGGUUCAGCUGGAAUCUUAAACAACACAGGAAAAAUCUUUAUUGCUCGAAUCAACAUGGAUGCACAAAUUGAUAACUUCGCAAAUACCAGACAAGAUAUCAUCACCAUGAUUGGCCUUCAUUCUGCCAUUGAUUUGCUUAGAACCUCCAUUUUCUCCAUAACCAUUGGUUCAAAUGACUUCAUUAAUAACUACUUUACACCAGUCCUCUCUGAUUCAGGACACCGGUUGAUUCCUCCAGAGUUGUUUGUUGGCUCCAUGAUUUCGAGAUACAGACUCCAACUUACAAGACUCUACAAUCUAGGAGCUAGAAGGAUUGUAGUGGUUAACGUCGGACCAAUUGGAUGCAUUCCUUAUCAGAGAGAUUCAAAUCCUUCGUUAGGAAACAACUGCGCAAAUUCCCCUAACCUAAUGGCUCAGUUAUUCAACAGCCAAUUAAGAGGUCUACUCACAGAGCUCGGAUCACGAUUUCAAGAUGGGAAUUUCCUUUACGCAGAUGCAUUUCACAUCGUUCAAGAUAUUGUUCAGAAUCACGCAUCAUACGGGUUUGAGAAUGCUGACUCGGCGUGCUGCCAUAUCGCCGGUCGCUACGGUGGUCUUUUUCCCUGUGGACCGCCAUCGAGCGUGUGUGUGGACAGGUCGAAGUACGUGUUUUGGGAUUCAUUUCAUCCUUCUGAAGCUGCGAACUCCAUCAUCGCCGGGCGGCUCUUGAACGGCGACGCCGUUGAUAUUUGGCCUAUCAAUAUUAGAGAACUUGAACGUCUUAAUUAAUUAAUUGAAAUAAUCACUACUACUUUUAUUUAACUUUUGCCCAAUCCUACCAAAAAUUGGUGCAGUCGUACUCAAAUUUGAUUGAUAGAAGCUGAAGCCCCAUGGAAUGUUUUCUUUAUUGCCUU